AUGUCAUUUUCAGCUGACGUGCUGGAUCCAAAUUCAAAAGAAGUUAAAGAAUUAAAAGAUUUGAUUCAGAUGAUUUUGGAGCUUGUUGGCAAGCCAAAUCUCGCUGAUUUUUUUCCUAUUCUAAAGCCAUUUGACCCUCAGCGAAUUAGACGAGAUAUUAAGCGUGGUUAUGAUGGUUUGCACUCGCUAAUUGAGAACAAUAUUGAUCGCCGGAUGAAACAAAGGGCUUCUAGCAUAGAAAGAUCGGGGGAUUUCUUGGAUGCUCUUCUCGAUCACAGUGAACAAUAUGGCCCGGAUGAACUGGAUCGCCGCGAAGUUAGACUACUACUCAUGGAUUUGUUUAUAGGAGGUACAGAUACCUCCAGCGCCACCGUGGAAUGGGUAAUGACAGAACUUCUUCACAACCCAGAGAAAAUGGCAAAAGUAAAGCAAGAACUUUGUAGAAAAAAUUGGCCCAGGGUUUAG